CCCUCUAUACACCUAUUUUUCCUUUAGGUAACUACGGUGAGAGUGGAAUGCAGGCAUUUCGUGCCCUAGCUGAAGAACGAGGAAUAUGCAUUGCAGCAUCAGCUAGUAUCUCCAGUGGAUCUAAACCUUCUGAAUUUGAUAAGAUCGUUGAUACCUUGGAUAAAGCACCUACAGCUCAUGUUGUAGUAUGUUUCUGUGAGGGGAUCACUGUUACUAAACUUUUAAAGGCCACACGAAGGAAAGAUAAGAUUGGCAAAUAUCUCGUUAUAGGAAGUGACGGAUGGGCAAAUCGUAAGGAAGUUGUACGGAAUGUCGAGGAAGAAGCAAUAGGAGCUAUCUCCAUCAAACCUCACACCGAACACUACCAUGACUUCGAUUCAUAUUACUUUAAUCUACGUCCUGAAAACAAUACUAGGAAUCCAUGGUUUCGUGGAUUCUGGCAGGAGAGAUUCAACUGUCUCUUACCACCAUCAGAUAUAGAUCCACCCCUAUCAACCUUCCAUCUCGAUUCACCAUCCAACUGUACAGGUGAGGAGAGUCUUGAAGAUGGUUAUAACCAGGAUACCAAGAUGAGUUUCGUAGUUAAUGCUAUCUACACAGUAGCCUAUGGAUUACAUAAUCUACAGCAGAGAAUCUGUGGUGUUGGUACGGUUGGUUUAUGUCCUGAUAUGCAGCCGAUAGAUGGUCGUGAAUUACUUGAUGCUUUAUUCAAUGUUUCAUUCGUUGGUAUGUCAGGAGAUCAUAUCAAGUUUGAUGAAGAUGGAGACCCACCUGGGAAGUACGAUAUCUAUAAUUUCCAGCGAUCAUCAGACGGCAGGUCGUAUAAUUACGUCACAGUAGGAGCUUGGGAAGAUGGCAUUCUUACUUUGAAUGAUUCUAUCAUGAUGUGGAAUAAUGGAUCAGAUAUUACUACUAGGUCAUUCUGUAGUCAACCAUGCCCUCCUCAUCAUGCAAAGAACAUUCGUGAUAAUGUCAAGUGUUGUUGGGCCUGUGUACCUUGCAAGGAUAAUGAAUACAUGCUCGAUGAGUAUACAUGUAAGUCAUGUGAUAGAGGAUGGUGGCCAAACUCACAACUGAACGAUUGUUACGAGAUCGAGGCUGAGUACAUGAAAUGGCAUGAGGUUCAAGCCAUAGCUGCCAUGUGCUUCUCCUGCGUGGGAAUCCUCAUGACUAUCUUUGUAACAGUCACCUUCAUACGCCAUAACGAUACCGCACUCGUCAAGGCAUCUAGUCGAGAGAACAGCUAUAUCCUCCUGUCUGGUAUUUACUUGUGCUUCCUUGUGACUUUCCCCUACAUCGCGAAACCAUCGACAGUCGUCUGCUACUUCAGACGUAUUGGGUUGGGAUUAAGCUUCUGCAUCUGCUACGCGGGACUCGUCGUCCGGACCAACCGUAUGGCUCGAAUCCUAGCAGGCAGCAAGAAGAAGAUCUUGACGCGGAAGCCUCGCUUUCUUGGAAGCACGGCGCAGGUCGUGAUGACAUUUGGCGUCAUCAGCUUCGAGAUCGGCAUCAUUGUGGCAACCUUGGUUCUGGAAAGACCUGCAGCUAUCCUGGACUAUCCAGACUUACGUCGAGUCCGUCUCAUCUGUAACACCACUACAUUCGGGUUCGCAGCACCAUUAGGUUAUGACGCGCUGCUCAUUUCACUUUGCACACUAUAUGCCUUUAAAACCAGGAACCUACCAGAGAAUUUCAAUGAAGCAAAAUACAUCGCAUUUACCAUGUACACUACGUGUAUAGUUUGGUUAGCCUUUAUUCCUCUCUACUUUGGAAGUGAUUUGAAAGAGAUCGUAGUUUGUUUUGCAGUCAGUCUCAGUGCGACUGUAACCCUAGGAUGUUUGUUCUUUCCUAAGACAUAUAUUAUCCUUUUGAAACCUGAGAGAAACCGACGUAGUUCAAUGACGACAUCUAACCUUGUUCGUAUGCAUGUUGGGAGCUUCAGUGAAUUAGCUCCGUGCCGAAGUAACAGCAGUAGCAAUGGCACUAUGGACGGAUGCAACGAAAAGCUCCUGGGAGGCGAGAGAAACGCUGUUGGAGUGAGGGGAAACCGCAAGAAGAAUAGCCCUUUGUCUGGUUCGUCUCAUCGAGACAAAUCGCGGGAGAGAAACCGGGACAGGUCUCCUGGGAUUUUCUCUGCACUUCGGAGAAGAAAGAGACCAAACAAUACCAAACACAUGAAGGCUGUACAAAGGGAUAGACUGCUUUCAAAACGAAAACAACCUCUUUAUCGAUAUGGGAAUUCAACCAACGUGACGCCAUCCUCUCACCAGCACCCGUCACCCGUUGAAGAAGGUGAUAGUAGUAUGGAGAAAGCAUUAGAAGAGAGAUUAAGUAGGGCUGAGGAGGCUAGUCGAGCCAUGGGGUGCUUGAAACCAUCAAGGACAGUACAGGGUCGGGAAGGAGAUGUGAAGAAUGACGCGCAUUCACAAUCAGCAUUAGAUGUUGAAAUGGAGAUACCAGUAAGGAGGAACAGUGGAACAAUCAACCAGGGUCAAAGGUCAGUUAUGAAAAAUUCGCAAUCUAAUGAAAGGACAUGUGCAUCAGGAGGGUGUAUGAAAGCUCAAUCUGGUUCCAACCCACGUCCACCGCUUGGACAGGGAGCAUCAACUUCAAAGGGUGCAGUGGGACAAAGUGAUUCUAAACCUCAGGCUCAUGUUCUUCCGCUUAGAGUUCGACGCUCAUUUAGCGAUGAAACCAUUAAUAAGAAACAAUGUUUAUCACGACCAUCAUCAUCAGCCAACACUGGGGGUGAUCCCAGAUUCCUAGGUGUUGAUAGACAACAACAUACACACACCGCUGGCGGUUCUUUUAACCAAAUUUACCCUGAUCUUCUCCAAGUGUUACCGACGGCUGAUGCUGAGUCGUCUCCAGGGGCACCCUCCCGCGGACAGCGAACUGAUGAAGGUCAAAGCAACAGUCCCUCGAGUGAUCGCAUUCACACGCAAAGCGAUGUUUUGCCGCGAGAAAGUGUGAAAAGAAGUGUCCGUUUUGACGAGAGAACGCUCGCAGAAGGUGAUGAUAGUCUUGAAUCAGGUGACACUCGCAACAUUGAUUCGUCUCUAUGGAGUGAGGGUGAUCAUGUUGUUACAAUACCAAAUGAGAUUCUUGGUGUUCUCACUUCUAUCAAAUCAUCGGAUGUAUGA